UAUCCGCAAGCAUGGCGACCGAAGGUGCAAGUACCAGCAAGUCAACAAACAAAAAAAACGCGCCUACUCGAUUUUUCCCAGCACUUGACAUUCUUCUUCUCAGAGAACUGGUUGCGGUACAACCAACAACUAAGCCAGCGUGGGAUGAAGUCCACCAAUAUGUGAACACAGCUUUGACGGAGGUGAAGCGCGACAGCUUUGUCACUCUCCGGGCAUGCAAGGAUAGGGUGAAAACUCUCCAAGAGGCUCAUACGAAGGACGAGUUGAAAUCUCUUAGAGCGUCUGGGACAGAUGAGGAAUACGACGAGCGAGCCCAGCUGCUUACUGAUUUGGCCAGCCAAAGUGAGGAAAGGCGGCCAAAAAGCAGGAAGAAAAACCCGAUCUCAAGGAAGCCCAGGGACGACAAAUACGCCAGGCUGCUAUGGAGACGCUGAAAGUAAGAGACGAUCCGGAAGAACACGCGGAUGGUUUUGAUCGUGAGUUGGACGGAGCUGAUGAAAAUCUCGAACAUCAUGGAAAGAAAGCUGCGAAUUGCACCACCAAGCCGGCAACGAAGAAGCGUCGAACUGAUUCUGCAGAGUACGUGACGUAUCUAAAAGAUAAACUUUCCUUUGAAAAAGAGCGUUUCGAAGUAGAAAAGAAGGAAAGAGAGGCGAGGAUCCAGAGGGAUCAGCAAAUGAUGGAAAUGAUGAUGGCGUUGGCCAAAAACAAAAAUUAGAUGCUGCUCGCAACGAUGUAAGAUUUGACAAAUAAAUAAUUACUCGCAGAAUAAAUUUGGACUUUUCGUCUGUAAUUUGCACAAUUCAAAUAUUUUCUCUACAUUUACAACGCAAAGUUCAGGCUAAAUAGUUCUCUAAAGUUGGAGGGUCCAGUUGAAAGUACUGACUCGUCUGAUUGCCAUAGACACAUGUACGACAGUUGACCAGAAUAGCACCUACCAAGUAAUACUUGGCUACUGGAGACAACAGUACUUUUAAAUUUUUCCUAAAGUCCAAAAACGCGUAGUUUCGCACCAAAUUUCCGAACUCCCAUUCCACGCAUUGACGGACAGAGGACAUUCUCCUGUUGAAUUCUUCUUCUGCGGCACACAGGUUUGCUCCUCUGAAUGGACUCGACAGAUACCUUCGAAUGGGAUAAGCCGGAUCGCCGUAUAUUGCAAAUGGCAGGCCAUUCCUAUCAGUGAGAUCUCUAGCCUCCAUUUGCUCCAUCAGUCCACUCAUACGAAGCAAAGCGCAAUCAUGUCGACGCCCUUCCAGUGGACCAUACAGAUGCGUAAUCAACCCGUUUGGUAUGACUACUGACUGAAAUUU